AUGCCCUCCUCGACCAUUCCCUCCGAUCAAUUCGACAGCAUUCCCUCGUGCAUUGAGGCUUUCCGCAAUGGCGAGUUCCUCCUUGUCCUCGACGAUCCCGGCCGUGAAAACGAAGGCGACCUAAUCAUCGCCGCCCAGGAUGUCACGACUGAGCAGAUGGGCUGGAUGAUCCGCCACUCCUCCGGCUACGUCUGCGUGCCAAUGCCCGCCGAUCGUGCCACCGCUCUAAAUCUCCCGCCUAUGGUUGCCAACACGCAGGACCCGCGCGGCACCGCCUACACUGUCUCGGUUGACGCCGAGCACCCACUCACCACCACCGGCAUCAGCGCCCACGAUCGCGCUCUCUCCUGCCGCACCCUCGCCGACCCCAAGUCCACCCCCGCUAACCUGCGCCGUCCGGGCCACGUCCUGCCCUUGCGCUCCGUCGCCGGCGGCGUCCGCGCGCGCAACGGCCACACCGAGGCGGCCACAGAACUCUGUCGCCUCGCCGGAAAGGAGCCCGUCGCCGCUAUCUGCGAGAUUGUCGACGAUACUGACGACGUCCCCGGCCAGGCCAUCUUGCCCGGCGCCAAGAUGAUGACGGGUGAGGGCUGCAUCCGCUUUGCCCGCAAGUGGAACAUCAAGGUCUGCACCAUUGCCGACCUCGUCAUCCACGUCGAAAAGACCGAGGGCAAGCUGUCUACUAAUGGCUCCUCUUAA